UAUGGUAGUUAAUGACGUCGCCUUUUUUUUAUUAAAUUUGUUUACAAUAAACAAAAUCAAUUAAUACAAUAUUAUUUUAUUCAAACAGCUCCCCACAUAAUUGUUGACAGAAUGAUAUGAUAUUUGCUGUCAUUGACUUUAGAUGGCACUUGAAGCCAGUCAUGAAAUUCCUCAUUCUUUCUUUUCAAUCAGUUUCUUGCACAGCAUAUAUUAAUCUCUUUUCUUUUACUCUGUCAAUUAUCUGUAUAAAGUCAAUUACCUUUUUUUUUUGGUUCUUUCAAAUAAUAUAAUAAAAAUCUGCCUUCUGUACCGUCAUAGUCUAGACAAGGAACCCUUAAUUGACUCCUCUCUCAACUCCCUUAAUAAUUAUGUCAUAGCUACACUUUUUUUUCUCAUUUUGCCUGUCUUUUUUAUUUUUGCUACCCUUGAUCUUAAAGGGUCUUUUUUUUUUUUUUUCUUUGGUGAUCUAAUCCGGGCAAUUUUCAUGUAUAUACUAUUUUGUAACCAAUUGACAAGCUUUUCUGUUUAAGAAGAAAAAACAAAAAGAUCAAACUAAAUUAAGUUAUGAAUAACAAAAGCAUCAUUUAAUCUUAAUAAUGCUGUAUGCUUACUAUGAUGAAAAUAAAGGGAGUCUGUUAACUGCUAUUUUGAUCUAUUAAAUAAAGACGCCGUCUUAAUACAAUAAUCACGUUAUGUUCUGCUUGCGGUGUUUAAAAAAUGCUGUCAGGCACGCCACUUUUUUCUGGUUUUUUUUUUUAAUAAAUAUU